AUAUGUCUGAAAAAGAGGAAAAUGAGCUACCGCGGAGCACGGAAAAAGCGAAAAUUUCCACAAUUUCCUCGAAUUCUAUAGAUAGUGGAGGAAAAAGUGAAAGUGAUAUAAUAAUCGAUAAUCGAGAAACAUCAUGGCAAUCGAUAUAUUUACUAACUGCAAUCGGAAUGUUCUGUGGAAUUCAAUUUUCAAUAUUUUUCCCGACACUAUGGCCGUUUUUAAAUACAGUGGACCCAACGGCUUCUGCCUCUUUUUUCGGUUUUAUUACUGCCGCUUUUUCUGUUGGGCAGGGCCUGGCUUCGCCGGUUUUUGGGUAUUGGAUGAAUAAAGCAAAAUCUGUCCGCCAACCAUUGGUAUUUGGAAUUUCCGUAAUGAUUCUAUCAAAUAUAAUUUUCUGUUUUGUGGAGGCUUUUGCUGAAAAAGAACGUCGCUGGGUAAUGAUGGUCGCCCGUUUCUUCAUUGGCGUCGGCGCGGGGACCAUUGGAGUUAUGAGAGCCUACGCGGCCACAGCCAGUAGUUUAAAGGACCGUGCACGGGCUAUCACAUUUAUUCAGGCUUCUUACGUUAUUGGAAUGACGUUAGGACCCGGUAUUCAGGUCGCCUUCACGCCAAUCGGCUAUCCGGGUCUUUCGAAAGGUGUUUUCCACGUGGACAUGUACACGUCACCAGCUUGGUUUGCAUCGAUUAUUUCACUACUGUCUGUGAUUUUUAUUUUCAUAUUUUUGGAGGAAAAUUAUGCGGGACUCGACCAGGGUGCUGAUACUGAAGACAGUUACACAGCAAUGCCCACAUUCGACACGAUAUCAGUGGCGGUUUGUGUUUUGACACAGUUCACACUAAUGUUUAUCAUUACCAACCUUGAAACCAUCGGUUCCCUGUACGCUAAGAUGAUGUGGGGAUGGACAAAUGCGCAAGCUGUAGAGUACACAGGUAUUUUACAAGCUGUGAAUGGGCUGGUGGGAGUGCUGGUUUAUGCCCUUUUUGCAGUAAAACUUGGAGAUUACAUUUCCCAGGCUCGCGAGCGGAUUUUCACAAUUUUCGGUUUAGCACUAGGAGUACUGUACCAUGUGGUCACAUAUCCAUAUCCAUGGGGCCCCGAUUUGAAGUACACCACCAUAAAUGUGACAAUUCACGGAAAAAAUCAAACUGAAGAUUUGGGAUGUAAUCCGGCAAAAUAUCAUUGGUGUACUUAUACUAAGGAUGUGAAUUUCUGGCUUUACGCCUCAAUGUAUGGAAUUGUGCUCGCUGCCUGCUUUCCUAUCGUCAAUAUUUGUAUGAAUACACUAUUCAGCAAAAUUUUAGGAGCUAGGAGACAGGGAACUAUGCAAGGUGUAAUGUUGAUGGCUGGUAGUUUUGCACGUACAAUUGGGCCAUUGUUAGUGUCAUGGAUAUUCCAAGAAUGGGGUCCCGAACCGAUUUGGAUUAUUGAGAUCCUGACACUAUCAAUAACUGCAAUUUUCUGGAUGAUAUUCUAUCGCCGAAUGAAGCCACUGGACUCGAAUCCAAAGCUUGCACCAUAUCAAUUUUUCUAUUAUUCAAAAGGAAUUCGAUAUCGGAUUUAAAUUAUUUUUUAUUGAUUUUUUUUUGCAAAAUUUUUUUUCAAACGAAAAAUAACAAAAAAAACUAAGAAAAUAAAGAUCU